AUGGCCUCUAUAAAGGCAAAAAUGGCUGGACCUGAUAAACUGCACCUGGAGAAACCUCACACGGUUCCAAGUUCUCUGGACAAGGAGGUAUACCCACUACAUUGGAGACCGGCCUCUGUGGAAGACCCUCCGGACAUAGGUGGACUGCCUUCAUUGGACGAUGCUCUCUAUCUCUUCGAAACGGUCAAACAUCACCUCGAUCAACAUUAUCGAUUCUUCAACGAAGACUGCUUCACACAGCAUCUGCAUGAAUUCUAUUCCACCAAUUCGCUCCAGAAAGCCACAGAAAACGGACUCUGGUUCGUGCAGUUUCUUCUUGUUCUUGCAUUUGGGAAUGCAUUUCUCCUUCGCACAAGAAGCGCUAGAGACCCGCCAGGCUCCAGGUUCUUCGUGCGCGCCAUGUCCCUUUUACCCGAUCAUACAACCAUUUGGAAAGAUGGGAUCUUAGCUGUUGAGGUUCUCGCACUUGCCGCGUUAUAUCUUUACUCUAUUGAUCAUCGUGAGGCAGCCCAUGUAUAUGUCGGCCAAGCGAUCAGGAUCGCACAACUAGACGGACUUCAUACGGAGCUCCCAGAGGAUGAACUGGGAAUCCAGACUGUGGCACGUUGCCGCAACCUUUGGUGGACACUUUACGUUAUGGAUCGCCAUAUCUCCUCAUCACUUGGGCUACCAUUCAUGACGCAGGAUAGCGACAUCACGACGGCAUUAAAGCCGGGUAUACCGGGAUCGCGGCAUGACACGACUCUCAGUCUACAUGUGAAGCUUUCCUAUCUAUUUUCGACAAUUUUAACGUCCGAUGAAAAGUGCGUGUUAGUAGCCACCCGGCCGCUACUUCUCUCUGUACUCAAGGAGCGCCUGGACCGAUUGGGCGGCAGAGAGGAUGACUGGCAAAGUUUCCUCGCCCCAACAAAAGCCUUAAUUUCGACAGGCAUCAAGUCGGCCCUUAAAACACUACAAAUACUUGCCGACGAGAAUAGCCAGCUUGAGGUUUUUCUCCCAUUUGAAAUGGAAGUUACAUACGGGGCUGCGAUUCAUCUCUUGAUAGCUAAUUCUCUGUUCCCCAAAGCAACGGACAAGGAUAACUUUAUCGAGGAGGCUCACAACGUUUUAGACGAGAUGAUCUUCAAGGGAAACAGACUUGCAACCGCGCGCAAGACAGAGCUUGCACAUCUUGAAGGUCUAUUCGCCGAGUUGACAGUUCGCGUUGAGCAGUAUGGCCUACAAACUCUGAGUCUUGCGACGCCUGAGCAGCUCCAUAGCAAUGUAGAAGGCCAACCGUCUCAUAUGCAAGUCCUCCACACCGAAGGACACCGCCAAUUUGACUUAGGGGGAAUACCCAAUUGUUUGGAUACAUCACCCUCCAUGCCAAAUCUGGCGGGUGGCGUCGAACUUCUGGAUGACAUUGGCAUAUCCUCGUACGAAUUUCUUUCGAUUAUAGACCAGAUCGGGGGAACAGAGCGCAGUAUUUUAGAUUCUAGAGCAUCAUGA